UGACGCACAACAGGUUCUGAUCACUGCGCUUAACAGGCUGCUUACCGAAACUUCACUCAAGUAAUCAUAGUACUGUUAAGGCGUUACUUAGCAACACUAUUCACACCGGUAUAUAGGAGCGUACGGAUCGGAGACCUUACGAAACAAACAGCUCUAGAAGCUGAGUGCGCAGACAGCGCUGGAGAUAGUGCUGUGACACAGGCUACGCGCUAUGGACUACUGUUGAUUUGUGGAGGAAGAAACAGCGCACACUCCAGCUCCUUCUGGUGCUCACACACCUGUUUCAUUCACCUCGCUUUAUUUCUGCUGACUGAUAACUGUUAUCGUGAUACAUUGGGUAUUAGAGUGCUUAUUGUUGUAGAGUGAGAGAAAAGCUGCGAGAUCAUGAAGUCUCUGCUUGUAGCAGUUUUAAUGGUUCUCAUCGCCGCCGCCCAAGUUUCCGGCGAAGAAAAUGACCCAAAAGAGGACACUGAUUACUGGACGAGCACUAAUCAAAUCCAGAAUGGCUGGAUUUCCGACGACCCGUUCAGAGAAGCCCUGCUGAGAAUGACAAGAAAGCCAAAGCCACAUCAGUUUAUCGGUCUGAUGGGGAGGCGCUCUAUGGCAAACACACAGAUCACCCGCAAAAGACAUAAAGUGAACUCCUUCGUUGGACUGAUGGGGAAGAGGAGCCAAGAGGAGCCAGAGUCUUAUAACUGGAACACAAUAGAGAUGUAUGACAAGCGCCGCUAAACAGCCGUCACCUCUCUGCUUCUCAUCAACCAUUCUUCAGCCACGGCACGGGGACCGGAUGUUGGUUUUGUUUUUCUCCAAACCGCGUAUAGCUGUUAGUUCAUUUAAAAGAUUAUUUUCAUACUGUAGUGAAAUAGCAGUUCUGUACUUGUGUCAGUUUGAUCUGUUUCAGUAGAAGAAAGAGUGGAGUUUGAGGAAGUGUCAUUAUCAAUGUUAAUUUCCACCACCUGCCAGUUAUCUGAAAAGCGUGCUGAUAGUUUCACGUCAUUGUGCCUCAUAACUGUUUGAUUGUUUUUUGCUAAUACAACAAAAUAGCACAGGUUCUCAUUUUGGCUUUCAAGUGGCUUAUAGAAGCUGCCUUGUUCUUCAUCUGCAUAUGUUGUGAUGUAUUAAAAUAAUGUUAAAAAUUGUAUUAAAAUUAUUUUAUCACUGG